AUGCACAGCCUGAACCGCCUGCUGAGCUACUUGUGGGAAUUAAAAUUACUGCUACAGUCCAUUGCUCUGGUUGCGCACGCUGCUGUGCCUUACCGAAUAGCUGAUACCUGCCAGCCUGCAGCGCAGCCAAGAACUCACGUCUAUGUCUUCACGACCUGGCGCUCGGGGUCGUCCUUCUUCGGGGAGCUCUUCAACCAGAACCCCGAGGUCUUCUUCCUCUACGAGCCGGUGUGGCACGUCUGGCAGAAGCUGUACCCCGGGGACGCCGUCUCGCUGCAAGGGGCGGCCCGCGACAUGCUGAGCUCCCUGUACCGCUGCGACCUCUCCGUCUUCCAGCUCUACAGCACGGCGGGCGCCGGCAAGAACCUCACCACGCUGGGCAUUUUCGGGGCGUCCACCAACAAGGUCAUCUGCUCCUCGCCCCUCUGCCCGGCCUACCGCAAGGAGGUGGUGGGCAUGGUGGAUGACCGGGUGUGCAAGAAGUGUCCUCCGCAGCGCCUCAGCCGCUUCCAGGAGGAGUGCCACAAGUAUCGCACGCUGGUCAUCAAGGGCGUCCGCGUCUUUGACCUGGCUGUCCUCGCCCCACUCAUGCGGGACCCGACCCUGGACCUCAAAGUCAUCCACCUGGUGCGGGACCCCCGGGCCGUCGCCAGCUCCCGCAUCAAGUCCCGGCACGGCCUCAUCCGGGAGAGCCUGCAGGUGGUGAGGAGCAGGGACCCCCGCAUCCAUCGCAUGCCCUUCCUUGAUGCUGGCCACAAGCUGGGUGGAAAGAAGGAGGGGGGGGGUGGCUCAGACUACCAUGCCCUGGGUGCCAUGGAGGUCAUCUGCAGCAGCAUGGCCAAGACCCUGCAGACUGCCCUGCACCCCCCUGACUGGCUGCAGGGCAACUACAUGGCUGUGCGCUACGAGGACCUGGUGGUCGAGCCCAUCAAGACCCUGCGGCAGGUGUACGGCUUCGUCAACCUGGCGGUCAGCCCAGAGAUGGAGAAGUUCGCCCUCAACAUGACCAGCGGCCCCGGCUACUCCUCCAAGCCCUUCGUGGUGUCGGCCAGGAACGCCACCCAGGCGCUGAGUGCCUGGAGGACUGCGCUCAGCUACCAGCAGAUCAAGCAGGUCGAGGAGUAUUGCCACCAGCCCAUGGCCCUGCUGGGCUACGAGAGGGUCGGCAGCCCCGAAGAGGUGAAGGACCUCAGCAGAACGUUGCUCAGGAAGCCGCGGCUGUGACGGGGCAGCGUGCGCCCGCCGACUGCCCUCGGGGGCGGCUGAGCCCGGCUGGGGAGAGGAGAUCCUCCGGCUGGCUUGAGUGAGGGAGGGAGCUGGGAAAAGCAACACGGUUUCCGAUUUCCUCCAAAGACUGCUGAAGGGUAACAUAGAGUAAUGUGAUGAUUUCUUUCUUUUUUUCAAUUUUUUCCCCCCUCUACAUUGGGUUAGAUGCGAUUUAAAAAAAAAUAAAAAUAAAGUGGAACAGAAUAUAUGUGUAAAGACCCUUUCCCCUUCUCUAAAAUGCCAGGCAGUGAUUCUGUACCAAAAUCUUGUUUAUGGAGUUCUUUUGAGUUUGAAGAUGGUAACAAAAACUCUUGCACAAUUCCUAGCACAUCUUUAUCUCCCUUGGUGCGGAGGGGAUGCCCUUGGAAAGCAGAAUGCU